AUGGCUGCAGAAAGAGAUAUUGUAAAUAGCAAAAUUAAUUGUAGACAAGGUGCUAAUAAAGAUGAUUGUAUGAUAUUAUUAGACCAAGAUUUUGCUGAUAUUACUACAUUGGAUGCUGGAGAAGUAUUUAUUGCUGGAAGAUAUCACAGUUUAAUACCCAUAGCUCAAGAGAGUUAUGGAUCAGGAGAAACAAAUUAUUUUAGUGUAGCAGCCAUAAAGCGAGGUUCUUUACCCGAUGUAAGAAGAUUAGAAGAUUUGAAAGGAAGGAAAGCUUGUUUUGCUGGUGUAGGCACUUUAGCUGGUUGGGCAAUACCUAUACACACACUAAUAAAACAUGGAAAUAUGCCAAUAAUCGAUUGCAAUAAUCACAUUAAGUCAGCUAUAAAUUACUUUGGUCCAAGCUGUGCAGUUAAUUCUUUGAUCGAUAAGUAUAACCCUAUUGGUGAUAAUUCUGAUAAAUUAUGUCAAAUUUGUGGAGGAGAAACUGCUGGUGAAAAGUGUACACCAAAUGAUCCAUACUACGGAUAUGAGGGAGCAUUUAAAUGUUUGGUAGAAAAGGGUGAAAUAGCAUUUUUAAAACAUUCGACAAUUAAUGAAGUUCUUAAAAAAUCUCCAGGUUUUGGAUCUACAAGGAAUUUAAAUGAUUUUGAAUUAUUUUGUCCCGAUGGAACGAGAAGACCAAUCGAUGGAUAUUUGAAUUGUAAUUGGGGGAGAGUACCUUCGCAGGCAAUAGUAACAAGUUCUGCUAAAACUGCGAAACAAAAAUUAUUUUAUCAAAAAUUCAUCAAGAGACUUAUUGAACUCUAUGGUAAACCCAUCAAUUCUAACUUGAAUAAUUAUAACAAUCCUGUAGGAGGAUUCAAACCUUAUAACCCGGAUAACGAUUAUAAAACAUUUGAACAAUUUAAUUUAUUUCAAAGUGCUCCUAAAUAUGGCAGCAGGCACAAUUUUAACAAAACAUUUUUUGUUAUUAAGGAUGAUUCGACUGGUGUCGUGGCUGUAGAAGAAUGGAGACAAACAUAUUCUGAUUUUUUGGGUGAUAGCAUGAAAGUUAUACACGGUAUUCGCGAAUGUCCGGUUAAGAGAAUGACUUUAUGCGUCACUUCUGAAAUCGAAAUGGAAAAAUGCGUUAAAAUGAAAGUGGCAAUGAAAGCUCAACUUCUCAGACCGGAAAUGCUGUGUUAUAAAGGUCACAGUCAAAUUAAUUGUAUGCAAGCCAUUAGAAACGGGUUGGCGGACGUGGCGGUUUUCGAUGCGGGAGAUGUCUAUACGGCGGGUCUUAAUUAUAAUCUUAUGCCUUUCAUGUCGGAGAUUUACAAUUUAGACACACCGGAAUACUAUGUUAUAGCCGUCACGAAGGAAGAAGACCCGGAUACGGAAUUAACUUAUUUAAAAGGAAAAUAUACUUGUCACACGGGUAUCAACACGGCAGCCGGUUGGGUCAUACCUUUGGCAUUUCUAAUAUCGAACGGCAUGAUAAGAAGUUACGGUUGUAAUUCGAUACGAGCCGCAGCGGAAUAUUUUACGAAAAGUUGCGUGCCUGGAGCCAUAAGCGCCGAAUACAACACGGGAGUCCCGUAUGAUAACAUGUGCGGUUUAUGCCACGGAUCGAGUUAUCGAUACUGUCGACGUGACGCAAGCGAAGAUUAUUUCGGACACACGGGAGCGUUUAGAUGUUUAGUAGAAGGCGGUGGUCAAGUCGCUUUCGUCAAACACACGACCGUGAUAGAAAACACGGAUGGGAAAAAAAAAGACUACUGGGUUAGAAAUACUUUCAGGGAUGAAUUCGAAUUGUUGUGUCCCGACGGUACGAGAGGUCAAAUACACGAUUUUAAACGGUGCGCACUCGGAAAAGUCAAAGCGAACGCCAUAGUGACAAGAGGUGGCCUGGGUUACAACGAAACGGAAGUCAACGCUUACAUAAAUUUGUUUCUAUACGCUCAACAAUUUUACGGAAGUAAAGACAUUGACGAUUUCAGUUUCAGCAUGUUUUCGUCGCCGGCACCGUACAGCGAUCUUAUUUUUCAAGAUGCCACGACUCAAUUGUUGGUCAUACCACCUGAGAAACGUUUUUUCUCAGAUUACUUGGGUAAAAAUUUCAUGCGAGCAAAACGAAUCGUCGAUUGUUAUGCUUCCGCUCACAUUUCAAAAUCGUCUACAACAAUUUUAUUAAUGACGUCAUCUUUCCUAUUUGUUUUUGCUUUUAUACUUUAG